AUCUACCGUCUUCCGAUCCAGAGUACCGACGUGUACGUGCCUUCGUCGUAAAAGAAGUGUGCAGUAACCAAUCGGGUGAGAGCGACGGGUCACUACAUAAAAUUUGGUGUCAGGUGUGGGGUACGCUUCAUCAAACGAAAAAUUUUCGAGUGCAUCGGAAAAAGUACUUUUAGACCCACCGACGAAACCACGUUCACGACAACAAAGGAAAGGACGACAACAGAGCAUUCAAACCAGGUCCAUUCAAGGAGGACAGCAGAGCAUUCAAACCCGGUCCAUUCAAGGAGGACAGCAGAGCAUUCAAUUCAAGGGCGAUCCAGGAAGGACGUUUUCAAGCAAAACCAAUUUUUCACGGGCAAUUGGAAAGAUGCAAAAUUUACUAAUGUAUGUACUAAUGGGCGUAUGUUCCGCUCACGGCGUUGAAAAAUAUACCGAUGAAAAAUUAACUACGCAAGCCGGCCUGUAUUUUGAAAACCAAGGUCCGAUGAAAAUAAUGACAACACAGUGGAACAUAGUAGCUUCGUACGAUAUUUCACACUUUUACGAAAGGAAAAAUGUAAUAGACGAAUAUAUGGGGGCAACGUACAAAUUGUGUAAUUAUUUAAAAGACCGGAAUAUCACUCAAACCAAUUGUGAGACUAUUUAUUCAUUAACUAAAUUAGUUGCAUUUAUCGCAGAGGAAAAAAGAAAUAUAAUAUACGAAACAAUAGGUCGCUCCCGUAUCACAAAAAGGGGGUUCCCGUUGAAAAUGAUAGCAAAGGCAGCCCAGAUUAUAUUUGGGUUAUGUGACCAAUUCUGCGUUCUACACCACAACGCUAAUGUAAAAAAACUUAUUGAUACAAAUACCUCUGAAGUAAACGACGUAGGAAAACAACUAAGGGUUAUCAAGCUCGAGGAUGAGCACGAGAGGGGGCCAGCUGUUUUAAUUGAUUUAAACGAUGCUAUCCAUCAGCUGACAAAUAUGACAAACGAACUGAACAUAAAGAGCUAUUUAGCUUAUCAUUUUUUUCAGACGAACCUCGUCUUACAAUUAUAUUUAUCUGAUACCACUAUGUUGUUCGACGUCAUACAAGCAGCUAAGGUAGGGUUAGUUCAUCCCAGUCUAAUGAGUGCACCAGAAUUACUAAAACAAUUCAUGGUCAUUAAAAUAGGGUUACCCAGUGGGACAGAUCUACCCAUGGAACUAAACGUAAAUAACGUAGAAGAGAUGAUGCCUCUCUCAGACAUUACAAUAUAUUAUUCAGACGACAAAAUUGUAUUUAUUAUAACUGUACCUUUAGUAUAUCAACAUGAAUUAACUCUUUUUCAGCUUAUACCAAUACCAAUUUGUAACCAAAAUAAUUGUUUAUAUGUAAAACCUAAUCAUAAGUAUUUAGCAAUAAGUAAGUCAAAAGAAUUGUAUUCCACUUAUGACGAAAUCGAUAGAAGUCAAUGUAAGCAUGCCAAUGAUUUCCUCAUGUGUCCUGAAAUAUAUCCUUUACAUCCUAGAAGUGUACGCCCAGUAUGCGAGGUACUUCUACUACAAGAUCCGAAGGAAGUUCCGGAGAGUUGUGAGAUAAUGCAUGUCCAGUUACAAACGAAUCUAUUUCAUAAAUUAAAGUUCAAGAAUGAUUGGAUCUACGCUACUCCAGGAGAAACCGUAUUUAUCACAUGCGAUCACGACAAGCGAAGCAAAAAUCACUUCUUAGAGGGAGUAGGAAUAUUGUCAAUUAACGAGACAUGUAGAGCAUACGCAACACGAGACAUAUUGAUUCCACACAAAAUAGAAAUGGACAACGAAUACGUCGAUUUCAUACCAAAUUCCAAAAUAAGGGAAUCCACGGAAGCAUAUAUUGGUUUAAACAAUAACAUUUUAAAAAACAAACACGUACGAACGAAUCAAAUGUUCGACUUAAAUAUAGUUGCACAGUCUACAUCGGAGAUAAAAGAAAAAAUGUCACGGGACGUCGAAGCGGAAGAAAUCAAAACCAGUAAAACCAAGCAUGACUAUUUACUAUAUGUAAUUAGUGCUAUAACUAUUGUCAGUCUCAUUCUGUUCAUGGUAAGUUGCAUCGAACAAUUACCUUGGUGCACCCCGACGCGCCCUACACGACAAACGCACGCAAACAGUAUCGGACAAGAAACAGAAGUUGUCCGACUUCCGAUUUACGAGCAACCCGAGAUAACCGAGAACCAGCAGGCAACCCUCAGUUCCAGACAUUCGCCGAGAAACGAAAUCCAACAGGAAACAUUAAUACCCAGGAGCACGGCAUAUUCCGUGUACCCGGCCAUCCCAUCUUUAUGAUACGGUGUAUCAUUCUUACAAGGGAGGGAUGUAGUAAACCGCCGUUUCAACAGAAAAACGGCGUUCCAAAGUCCAGGCGGCUAGAUCAACAUCACGCCACCUGAAUAGGCCACUAAUGCCGACACCUCAUUGGAUGGUGCCGAUCAACUACGCAUCACGCCAUUCCUAUGACGUCAAUAACUCUUCCUUCUCUCCUGGCAUGUCUCAUAUAAAUAGGGGCCCUGUUUCACAAGUCUUUAGAAGUAGUUAUCCCAGCUUUCAGUACUUGUGGGUCGCGGACUAGUAUCAGCCGCAUCGCCGCCCACGCUAAAAGUACUUAAUUCCCAGUCAUAGUGCAUAACAUAAUUACUCUCCGGUAGUAUUAACAUUCUACCGACAAAUUUCUAAGUAAUAAAUUAAAUAUAUAAAAUUACGUAAUAAACAAGUGUUUCAUAAAAUUAUAAUUGUGUUACAAUAUUAUUAUAUCCAAAACUCAUCUACCGUCUUCCGAUCCAGAGUACCGACGUGUACGUGCCUUCGUCGUAAAAGAAGUGUGCAGUAACCAAUCG